UUCACAAGAGAAGAUGAAAUGGUCGGAGCUCUUGCUGAUACUGGCAGCACUGCAAGCUUCUCUCUCACAGAACAUAGAAGUAUCCCAGAUCCCUGAAGUGAAUGUCAUAGAGGGCAGCACAGCCAACCUAGAGUGUAGCUACAACAUGAGCAACUUGUAUCUAUCCAUUGGCUGGUACAGAUGGUACAGACAUGUACUGCAUGGGGUUGAUAUCUUUCUGAGUGAUGAAUUUAAGGACAGAAUUAGCAUAGAAAGUAAAGAAGAUUUCUUGAACAAGACAUCAGCCAGCAUACAGCUGCACAAUGUAGGACUCACAGACACUGGAAUGUAUAUCUGUGAAGUGGAGUUUUCUGGCCAGAAGCAAAUUAAAGGACACGGUAAAGGAACUUUCCUCAAUGUGACAGAACAGAUUGCUUCACAGAAUCACUUUACUGCCUACAUUGUAGUUGGAGCUCUGGCCGUGAUUUCUGCAAUCUUAGUUGCUGCUUAUCGGUGGUAUCUGAGUGUCACUAAACAUGGUUCAUGUGAUCUUCCUGCUGUUAAUUCCUUUGUGGAAGAAUUUUCUAAGACCUGGCAGGAGGUUCAGAAGUCAUUAUCUUCUGCAGUAGCUGCUCAGAAGAAGGCUUCAGACAAACAUCGGAGAGAUUCUCCGGUGUAUCAGCAACAAGAUCUGGUGGGGAGCUCAAUCAGCUCUCAGAACAGGUGA